AUGCCCCGCGCUAAGAAAUCCAUAGUGUGGGAGCAUUUCAUCAAGUUAUUGGAUGAAGGAAGCGUACAAUGUACGAUAUGCCAUAGAAAAAUGAAGUUUUUCGGUAAUACAACGAAUUUAAAGGAGCAUUUGAGACGACAACAUCCCGAACAUUUGGCCGCCAACGAAUUGCAAAAUGACGGAUACAUAUUUUUUGUGGACAGUCCUAAAGUGAAAAGAUUAAAAAAACUAAAGGAAGACGAAGAACCCGAAACAACAACAGAAGAAAUUAAUCCCGAAGAGAUGCAGCUCUUACAAGGCGAACACAGUUUUACCAUAAAAGAAAAUCCAUUCGGCGAGAAAGAUUUCUCGGUGAACGUAUCCCGAUCGGAGUCCAUGCACUCGGAGCCCCUCUUCCAUUUGGGCAACGACGAUUUCAGCAAGAUCGUCCAAACCACCACGUUCAUCGAUAAAUCCCUUCUGAUCGAGGAGCUACUCAGGUACAAUUACGUAUUAAUAACGGCCCCGCGGGGCUUCGGCAAAUCCACCAACUGGGACAUGGUGAAGCGUUUCCUCAAGAUCGAAGUCAACGAAGACGGAAUACCCAAAGACAUCCGGUACACGGAUAACUUUAAAAUCUUCCGAGACAGGAGAUUGGCGAUCACCGAGCGACAGAAGUUCUGCAAAGACCACAUGGGUCAGUACCCCGUGAUAUCGAUCAAUCUGAAACCUCUCUGCGUAGUGGAUAGCUACGCUGAUAUGUUGAACAAAUUCAAAGUGAUCCUGCGCAGGAGCUUCUUGGAGCACAGGUACCUAUUGAAGAAUUCGGGUUUGUUGUUGAAAUCGAGCAACGAAUUGUUCCACAAGUACUGCGACGCGGCCCAGAAUCUAACAUUGACGGUGACGGAGAUCGAAAUGGGGUACCCGUUUCUAUCGGAAUUGUUGUUUUUGCACUUUAGAAAGCAAGCGAUCGUUAUGAUCGACAACUACGAUUCCUAUUUGGAUAGUUUCGUGUUGAAAACGCACCCGGACGUCGAGAAAAUCAUCAAUUUCGUGCAGUUGAUCGUUAAGGAAUUGCUGAAGUCGAAUCAAUUCGUCGAUAGGGCUUUCAUAACGGGCGUAUUUCCUGUAACUAGUUCGACGAUAUCGACGGUUUCGUUGAAUAUCAAGCACUUUUACUUCCUGGAUAAUCAUUAUUUUUGUAAAUAUUUCGGUAUUACGUCGGAGGAGCUCUCCGAUGUGCUGAAGAAGGUUAUCGGGGACGUUGGAGAACGGGAAAAAACCGAACGUAUAAUAGCUGAAUACUACGGGGGUUAUUUAAUACCCGCUCAGAAUAUCACAAUCUAUAAUCUUUGGUCGGUUUUGAGUUAUUUGGAGAACAAGAGGAUACCGUUGAAUUACUGGUGUCAAUCCGAACACUACGAUUUGUUCAAAGAGAUAUUUUCCAUCAAAGAAAUCGCCGAAGAAAUGGAACUACUGUUGUUAGGGAUGUCCAGGUGUACGGACAUCUCAAAAGCUCUAUCUGUUUAUAACGUUAGGAGUUUAAACAACAUGCUAAUGGAAAAAAACGGGGCCAGCGCCGAAGGGCUCUUUCUGAAAGUCCUCUACCAUUUGGGCUACGUGACGGGCAACGAUAGCUUGACUUUGGAUCAAUCCGAAAUGUUUUUGAAAAUUCCCAAUUCGGAGAUUCGCUUGGAAAUCGCGAGGAUUCUCAAAGACACUUUCAUCGCGAAGUACGGUUUCAAAGAGCGCCACCUGAGGGCGCUCCAUUCGGCCACCAACGCCUUCUCCGUGCAAACCUACGACGACGCGAAGUUCGAGCAGUUCUGCAGGAGCCUCAACGAUCUAUUUACCAAUUCGAAUUUCUACGGGACUUUGGAGGAUUCCAACGGGUUCCAGAACGUGCUGUUCACGUUUUUGGCCAGUAAAUUUUGCAUCACCCAGUCGGAGAUAUACAAGAACAAUUUGAGCAGUACAAUCGAUAUACUGACUGUGAACGAUUCGGGCGUGGGGAUUUUUAUCGAAACUAAAACGAUCGAUUGCGAAAGGAAAGACAACGAUCGACAUGUGGCUUUCAAUGCUCAUCGGCAGAUAAUCGAUAAAAAAUGCUGCGAAUAUUUCGACAGGAACUUCGAGGCUACAAUGGGUAAAAUUUGCAUAGGUAUAUGUAUAGGACAUCAAAGGAAAAUUUCCAUCGCUUAUUCCUAUCAUUUCCACAUUGGAGACGAUAUUGAGAAUCCGCUAUAUUUAGAAAUCGCUUUUUAG